AUGGCUGGCAUGAGCAAGCAGGAGAAAAAGAAGGCCUACUUCGAGCGCCUGACGCACUUGGUCAAGACCUACCCACAGAUACUUAUCGUCAGUGUCGAUCAUGUGGGAUCCAGGCAGAUGGCCAACGUGCGCCACUCCCUACGUGGGAAGGCGGAAAUUCUUAUGGGAAAGAACACUAUGAUUCGCAUGGUGCUCAACAGCAGCUUCCCCGACUCUGAGGACAUGGCCAAGCUGCUGUCAUGCAUCAAGUUGAACGUCGGAUUCGUGUUCUGCAUGACCGACCCCCUCGAGAUCAGGAAGAUCAUCCUGGAGAACAGAGUGCCCGCCCCCGCCAGGCAGGGUGUCAUCGCUCCCUGUGACGUUUUCAUCUCCGCCGGUUCCACUGGUAUGGACCCUUCGCAGACUUCCUUCUUCCAGGCCUUGGGUAUCUCCACCAAGAUUGUCAAGGGUCAGAUCGAAAUUCAAAAUGACGUCCACCUCAUCAAGGAGAACGACAGAGUCACCGCUUCCAGUGCCACGCUUCUUCAGAAGCUCAACAUGAAGCCUUUCUCGUACGGUCUUAAGAUCGAAAAGUUCUACGACAGCGGACACUUGGUCGAGGCCAAGGCCCUGGAAAUCACGGAGGAAGACAUCCUCGACGUUGUUAAGGCCGGAGUCAGCAACGUGAACGCCAUGUCACUUGCCCUUGGAUUCCCCACCGCAUUCUCCAUCAACCACUCGUUGCUCGGCGCCUUCAAGAACUGUGUGUCAUUGGCCCUCGAGACCGACAUCUGCUUCAAGGAGAUGCAGGGCAUCAAGGACAGGCUGGACAACCCGGAACUCUUCGCCGCCGCUGCCGCAGCUCCAGUGGCUGCUGCUGCCGCCACUGAGGAAGCCGCAGCUGCCCCCGCCGCGGAGGAGGAAGAGGAAGAAGACGAUAUGGGAUUCUCCUUGUUCGACUGA